AUGGCGCGGUGGAAUGACUUGCCGAACGAGCUCAGGGAAUGGAAGAAUUACUUUGAACAAAAGACCUUCCAGAAGCUCGUUCUGAACUACUCUUGCAUCAGUGACUUUCGCCAAAUCGUCCGAGGCCGGGAGGACAUUGUCAAGCACAUAUGGCUGCGCAUCCAACCCCCAAAGUGGGAGUGUUCCACUUGCGGCAAUCUGGAACCAUCUGAUCGACUUAGCAGAAACAGCCGAAUCUUCACAAAUGCUUUAUGGCAAUUGAUGGAAAUACUCGGUUCCUGGGAUGAGAUGGAUCGAAUCAACAGAGGUCAGGGACUCACGUUGGAGAUUAGUGUGCAUGCUCCAAGCAACCUGAAGCACCACUUCGACUGUUGCACCUUUGACAAGGAUAUCCAUCCAUGCAGAUCGCCUGAGGCGUGCACGGGCAAAGAAAGCUGCAGCCUAUCGCGCCAAUUGCUCCCACUCGAGCUGCGCAGCAACGUAUGCGACGUUGUUCGUAACCACCUGAACUUAGUCGAAGAACUGCGUGCUGUGGAGAACGUCUACCUUGAUUUCAGCGAUGUGGAUAAUGGGAAAACUACACAACUUCCGACUGUGAACUGUGUCACGGAGUUGACUAUUCGUCCGAUAAACGUGCGCCGCUUUGAUCGUCAGACGGUGAAGGAGAUUGUUAGAAGUUUUGGGAAACUCGAAAAAUUCAAUUAG